AUAAAAGACAAAGCAUGCUUAUAUACUGUCUCUAACGUACUUCAUUGCAAACAGAAAAAAACUUCAAGAUGAAACUUGCUUUUGCUCUAUUGUUGGUGUUACCUGUUGUAUUUUCUAUGCCACAGAAAAGACUUGUUUUUGAUACUUUAUUUCAAACCGAUGAACUGAAAACAUUAGUAGACGGGAUAGUAGGUUCAUUAGGUACAGAUGGAACUGAGCAGGCAUGUGAAGCUGAAUGCCACACACUCAUCAAAAUGGAUCAUCUCCUGCAAUUCGGAUGUCCACUGGUUUGUAAAAGUUUCCAGAGUCUGGUUCACCACUUUGGACAUGUAGCAACAUAAAAUGCUCAUAUGACAAUGUCUAUUUUAUUGUGAAGCAACGAAAUAUAAAUCAACAAUA